UACUAUGCACGUCUCUCUCUCUCUCUCUCACACACACACACAAUCCACUUCUGUAAAACCUUUCUCCUUCCUCCUCCCUCUGUUUCUCUUUCAUAAACUCAAUCAAAAUCUCCUCUGAAGAAAGCACCAUAAUCGCUUAUAACCCUAAUGUAGUUCUGAUUUUUCUUUCAAGUUCUCCUUUUUUGUUUGAAAGAAAGUAUUCUCCAUUGAUCGUACUUGAAGAACGAGGAAGAAGGGGAAGCUGGGGAUCAAAGGCAUCUCUUUUCCUUUUUUUAUGUCAGGUGUAUCUAUGUUGAGGACGAGCGGUCCAAGAAGCUUUCUAGACCGAAGUCAAGAAGCGUGACGACCUGUUCAACUGCUGGAUGGUCUACUCGACUGGAGAGCGCGUGGACUGGCGAAGUUGUUUUUCUUGCUUCUUGGGCGUAUAGCUUCAAAUAUCAAUAACCCCUGAACGAGAAAGAACAGAAGGACGAAAAGGCAAAUACCACACCAACAGCCCACACAGGCGGCCCAAGCACCAGCACCCUUUCUUGUUGCUCAACUACAACUUACCACCUGUUUCUCCGGCGACUCUCCGCCAAAUUUCGCAUCAACUAUCUGUGUUGGGCUGCAAGUGGCCUUCAUUAUCGGAGCAAAUUAAAUGACAUCGUUGGUCAAUUCAACAAGUCUCAAACUUCCACUUCCUGAUGAUUCUAAAUCAAGGUUACUUACUGUAUUGUCCUUUGGCCAAUUCAUGCCCUUUAAGUUGGCUUUUUCUCAUGUGGAUCGGCAUAUCAAUGUCCACAAAUGCAAGAGAAUGGCAUGGCCACUUAGAAGUGCAGCUGAUGACAGUAGGCUAAAUUCUUCUCCUACUAGUGACUCCAGUGGUGGAACUAGGCUUAUUAGGACUAUACAAGCCAUUCAGUUCAAAAUAAUUGCAAGACUAAAGGAGUUAAGGAAAAAUUUGCCUGUGAAAUUGUUCGCCUUCUUAGUUGGUUUUUAUUGCGCCACUGCAUUUGCCACUGUAAUAGGGCAAACAGGUGAUUGGGAUGUGCUGUCUGCUGCUGUGACUGUGGCUGUAGUGGAAGGAAUUGGGGCUCUUAUGUACAAGGCCUCUCUUCCUUUAGUGGACAACAUAAGGAACUUAAUCAUCAUAUCUAAUUAUUGGAAGGCUGGGCUUUCACUUGGCCUUUUUCUGGAUUCCUUCAAGUACUAAAGAAGAUAAGUUUGUGGGUGAUGCAGAGCCGCUAUUUUCAGUUGCAUAUUCCCUGGCGAAACAGUAAAUCCUAAACCCUGAACAUGAAGGAUGAACUCAACAAGAAAAUCAAUGCCAUGUCGUGGCGGAUACAAUUACUCAGCAUCUACAGAGAGCAAUGGCCUUCAGGUUUGCUUCUUUGUUCUUUUCUUCCAAAUUCUUUUUUAAAAGUGCUACUUUUGGUGUUUGUUUAGUUGAAAAAUUGUUCAUCUUUUUCUCUUUUGGGAAAUUGGGAUGGAGGCAAACAUGUGUAAGAUUAUGAGGGAAGAAAAUUGCUUUUACUCUGAACUGAACUAUUUCGAACAUUCCUUCUACAAAUGGUAAUUCUAAGAUACCUGUCUUGCGUAGACAUCACACACUGUUUACCUUUUUCAUUCAUAUCACCAUUAAACAUGCAAUGAAUUUGAUAAUUAUAGCCAGAAGGAUGAACAUCAAUAAUGAUAGGCACUUGAAACACUGAAGGAGCAACCUUUUUAUCAACUAAGAGAGGACUUGUGAAGCCCCUCGUUUCAGAAGACUGGUCUUCCGCAACAAGCUUGUCAGCUUUUGGGUUAAGUGGUAGAAGGACACGGACCAACAUCAGAAUUCUAGACGGUCUUGCUUGUUGCAUGCUGUAGGAGCAAUCUGAAUGACAAAAGACAUCUCCAUUCUUCAAAGAUGAAAUGUUCUUCCCAACGCAGUCACUCAUAAAAUUACUGCUGAGUAGUGUGGAAAGGCAGAGAAAUAUGAAGAGAUGGAGGAGAUUCAUAUAGAAUUCUUGGUAGUACAAGCAACCCUGGUGUAUGGAUUAUUAGUAUGGAGAUGGGACUGAGAUAGAAACGAUGGGAAGAUGGUAGUGAUAUUUUUCCUAUUUUAUACCAUGCCGGGAAUUGAUGCUUGUUACAGUUUCAUUGUUUCUUGUUGAAAGAAGAGGAUGUAUGAUAAAAUGUCAUCAGCAAUACAUGAUUAACAGUUUAUUUUCCA